GCCCAGCCAUGGCGCGGCCCGGGCCCGGGGAGGUGCACAUGAGCCAGACCAUCCAGCCGGCGCAUGCCAGCUCUCGCGGCGAGCUCAGCGCGGGCCAGCUGCUUAAGUGGAUCGACACCACCGCCUGCCUGGCGGCUGAGAAACAUGCUGGGGUUUCCUGUGUUACAGCCUCAGUGGAUGACAUACAGUUUGAGAAGACGGCUAGAGUUGGACAAGUUAUAACCAUCAAAGCAAAAGUUACUAGAGCAUUCAACACAAGCAUGGAGAUCAGCAUCAAGGUCACAGUUCAGGACAUGCUCACUGGUGUGGAGGAACUUGUCAGUGUGGCUUUCUCUACGUUUGUAGCCAAACCAGUUGGAAAUAAAAAGAUUCAUUUAAAACCAGUCACACCUCUAACUGAACAAGACCAUGUAGAAUAUAAUCUGGCUUCUGAGAGAAGGAAAGUUCGAUUACAACAUGAAGAUACCUUUAAAAACCUGAUGAAGGAAAGUAGCAAGCUUGAUGAUCUCAUUUUCGAUGAAGAGGAAGGAACAGUUUCCACCAUGGACACCUCUGUUCAGAGCAUUGAACUUGUCCUCCCCCCGCAUGCAAACCAUCAUGGAGAUACAUUUGGUGGCCAGAUUAUGGCUUGGAUGGAGACGGUGGCUACUAUUUCUGCAAGCCGCCUCUGUCGAGCGCAUCCGCUGCUGAAGUCCGUGGACAUGUUUAAGUUCCGAGGGCCAUCUACCGUCGGAGACCGUCUUGUCUUCAACGCCACUGUCAACAACACAUUCGAGACCUGUGUCGAAGUGGGAGUGCGUGUGGAGGCCUUUGACUGCCAGGAGUGGUCCGCGGGCCCCGGCCGCCAUAUCAAUAGUGCUUUUCUCAUUUAUAAUGCUGUGGAUGAUAAGGAAGAACUAGUCACAUUUCCCAGAAUCAAACCCGUGUCAAAGGAUGAUUUCAGACGGUAUCAUGGUGCUCUUGCACGCAAGAGAAUUCGCCUAGGCAGGAAAUACGUUAUUUCCCACAAAGAAGAGGUUCCACUUUGUGUACACUGGGAUGUUAGCAACCAGGAAUCUCUGAGUAAUGGCAAUGUGGAGGCUUUCAAAAAACUGGCGGCCAAAAGUGGCUGGAAGGUGACCAGUGCUCUGGAGAAGAUAAAAAUAUAUACUUUGGAAGAACAUGACAUUGUAUCUGUUUGGGUUGAAAAGCAUAUGGAAAAACCAGCACACUUGGCUUAUCAUCUCUUGUCGGACUUUACCAAGCGACCUUUGUGGGACCCCCAUUAUGUUCCCCCCACUCUCCCUCCUUCCCUGGAAUACGGAGCCGGAGCCGUGCACCUUGUCAAUGCACUGACAGGGAGUGACCACACUCAGGCCGCACCACCUUCUCCAAGGAGUUCCAGCUCCUGGGCGCAAUCAGCACUUCUAGGACACCUUGCUGAAAGAAAAGGAUUGGCAAGGUCCUGUGAAGUCAUAGACUGCGUGAGUGAAGAUGAUCAGAUAUGUUAUAUCACUUGUCCUACAGUGAAUGGUGACAAACCCAAAGACUUGGUUGUACUUGUAUCACGAAGGAGGCCUCUUAAGGACAGUAACACUUACACGGUGGCAGUGAAGUCGGUCAUCCUGCCAUCUGUCCCACCUUCUCCGCAGUAUGUCAGAAGUGAAAUCAUAUGUGCCGGAUUUCUCAUCCAUGCUAUUGACAGCAGUUCAUGCAUUGUGUCUUAUUUUAACCAGCUUUCGGCUAGCAUCUUGCCUUACUUUGCUGGAAAUCUCGGUGGCUGGUCAAAAUCCAUUGAAGAAACAGCAGUUUCCUGUAUACGAUUCAUAGAGAAUGCUACUAAUGAUGGGUCAAUAAGCAUAUUUUAAGUUGUAAACUGCAUAUUUUAAGUGGUAGACUUUCAAUUACCUCUAAUCAAUUCCCCACUUUUAAUUCCAAGCAUCCUUAUCCCUGACAUUUGGCAAGCUUUGGGCCAUUAAGUAAUUUAAUAUUGGCCUAAGCCAAAUGUAGGUAGGAAGAGGUUAACAAAGUGCAUCUCAGGUCAAACACCAUUGAUUUGGAUGAGCAUUAAAAGAGCUUGAAGACUGUUUCAGGUUGUCCAUGGCUCUGCUCCCACCUUGGGGUAUAGGCAGUAGGAAACUGCCCACAUGUAAUCACAAUAGUGUAUAUUCUGUAAAAUGGUACACAUGUGGUUAAAAUGAUCAUAAACAUUUUUAGGCUACAGAGAUGAAAAGUGUUGUUUGAAACUUUAUAAAAUUUUAUAAAAUCAAAAAUGAUAAGUUGGCCUGUUGAUUAAUAGUGCGGGACUAUUCCACGUUCAGCAGGCAUUGGUAUGCCAGGGGCACCUGACAAGAUGUAUUACCUGUUUUAGAGCUUUAAAUUAGGGAGGCAUUAAAACAUAAUGGGAUCCAAUCAAUUCUAGUAAUAGGGACUACUUUACUAGUGUCAUUUAACAUAUAUUCAAAGUGGCUCACCAAUUUAGCAUCUGUUACUAUAUAUACACAUAAAAAGUACCUGCAAAAUAUGUUAUUGCAGAGAAAGAGAAUAUUAACUGAGCUCUUCUUUCAUAACCAUUACAUUAGCACUUUAUUCCCUAGAUUUCAGCAUUCAUUAUUCUUCUCUGUGAUUUGCCUUAACUCAAAAGAUGAACCAGCAUAUAAGUCAGCCUCCUCUACAGUAUAACUUUUAAAACUUGAAAGACCUCCACUUUAGAGUUUAAAGCUUUAAGAGUUUAGAUACAUCCUGCUGUUCAUUUGUCAAAUCUCUACCUCUACUCAGCAAAUCUUAUAGCUCGAUGUUAAAAAUAUGAUCAGUACCUGAGCCCUCCUAAUCAACUCCACCACUACAACGCUAAUCCAAACACCAGCUUCUCUCACUGGAUUAUAAACUUUCAGUUUC